AUGAAAAGGAAUGACCCCCUCAAGAAGAGUGAAGGGAAGCUAAUUCUAGAAGUAAGUGACAAUUAGAAGGACGUUAGUCUAAAGAUAGUAAGAGACAUUCAUUUCAAAAAGAAAUGUACAAGUGAUGUCAAGGAACUGACAAUGUUUGUGUUUAGCAACAUCAUUCUACUACGAAGUGUGGGGAUAAGUGGUUUGGUAGAAGAUGUCACGAUCAUUGCAAAAGGUGUGAAGAGAUGCUUGAACAAACUCACGAGCAUUAUCAGUACAAAAAAUCUUAGGCAUAGUAGUGUAUUAAGUGAUAACUUCGGUGAUGAAGUAAGUAAUUACGAUAACAACCCUAGAGCGGUCGUGGAGGAACUAGACUUAGUUUACAUGAGUAUAGUCAUCAACAAAAAUGAUGUCAUAAUGAUGAUUCGAGAUGGAGGAAGUACAAGAUGGUCUCCAUACAUCACAAUGGAGAAAGUCAAAUAGAGCGGAAGAGGGGAUGCCAUCACAACUAGAAUAAGAAGUACAGUGAUGUUUGCCCAAUUGAUAAGACUUGCACACAAAUUUAGAGAGAGAAAGUCACAAUAAGAUUUUUUGUGACUUAGAGAAAGGUUCAAAUGACAAUGCCACAAAGGAAAAGAAAUAGUCGUAGACGUGACAAAAAAGACUUGAAGGCCAAAUGAGGGUUCAUCAAAAAUGAGUUCGUAGACAUCCUAAUCUUUUUUAUGACCCAAACUAAUCUUUCAUCUGGUACGUAGAUCUUGAAAAAUACAGUGAAAGGGAAAGAAUGUGAUUGUACAAAAGAGGACACGGGUAAUAGUACUAAUGAAUAGAAGGUUAGUAAGAAAACCAGAAACAUAGAGAACUUGAGUAAGGUGAAGGAAGAGAGAAGCCGAAGUGACACUAUAUGACCUUUGACUAGAUAGGUCCAGCCAUCGACAAUGAUGAUAGGGGGAUGGGCUGAGUAGGCUGAUAGGAGGAGAGAAUAGGAGGGAUACUAGUCAUGUGGGUGGAGGUCCUCGGAUCGAUAAUCCACAACAUUGAAGAAGAAGCAAGAAGAGCAUGUGUACUUAGUAUGGAGGUUGAAAACGAGGUGAGCCUAGUAGAGGUGGAAGCAUCGGUAUUAUUCGCGUGGCGAAUGAUAUUAUACUUCACAAGCAUCAAGGUCACGUGGAAGGUAGGAGUUAAAAUAUGGUAUGGAGUGGGGAACAUUAGAGUCAGAGAAGUUAUUACCAACUAUGUAGAAGUAGGCUUGCCAAAUUACUUCUAACACUUAGUAGCUAGAUGAUUCUACUUCCUACAGUAAGGACAUGGAGGAAAAGUGUUGUGCCCAUGUCCGCAACGAGUACAACUAUUGUUAGAGUAGAAAUGAGGGGUAUCAUCUUGAGCUUACGAAGCAAUAAUAGCUAGAGCCAAAGGAGUAGAGGAGACGUCUAGAAAGGAAGAGAAGGAGUAGAUUGACAUAUCAGUGGUGACCCAAAAGGCUACCUAGAAGAUGGAGGUAAGAUCAGACAUGAAAUCUCCAAAGAGAAUAGACCCUUAAAUCUAGGAUGUGAUGGAUGAAUGAAGUCCACUAAUAUAAAUAAUGUGGUUCUAAGUUGUUAUUAGAAUCAUCAAUCAAUUUUAAUAAUUUAUAGAACUAGAUUUAUUAAAAUAAAAUGGUGGUGAGCUAGGUCAUCUCCUCAGAGAAGGCUUUUAAAAAUAUUUUUAUUCUUUAAUUUAAAGAAUUAUAAAAUUGAUUAGAAGAUUUAAAUUGAUAUUCAAAGCAAUAAAGCAAAUAAAAUGGCAAAUAAAUAUAAAGAUGAAUUUUAAAAUUGAAUAAAUUAAAAUCAGUAAACUAAAUAUGCUUUGGAAUGAUAAAAUAGAAGAGAAAUAAUUAAAUAAAUGAUUAAACCUAAGAAAAUAAAAUUAUUUUAUAGAUUAGACAAGAAAAUAAUAAAAACUCUAUUAAAAAUCAAAGUUACAAACCCUUAGAAUGCAUGGUUUGAUGUCAACUUCUAGGUAGCGCUUCUCAGUCUUGCAUCUAAUUCUACAUAAUGGAUUUAAGGUGAAAAAGGUAGAGGAGAAUAGUCAAAAUCAACGAUGUACUCUUCAAAUUCCUAUUUUCAUAUGAGAAAGAAGAAUAACAUUUUUUCUCAAGAACAACCCCAAGAACAACUCUGAAAAGACUCCCUUUCUCUCCCUACUUCCUCCUUUUUGUACCCCAGAUCUGCAAAUCGCGUUUUCUAUUUUGACUUCCUAUUUUCUGUCGUAUUUUGCUGAUUUUUUCGGGAAUUUCUCCUUUUCUCACGCGGUAAUAAUUAAUAUUAUCUAUUUUACUAGAUGAUAAUCGAUAUUUGAACAUAUACCCUUCCGUGUGUGAGAGGGAAUAAUCGAUCGUAUGUUUUACCAAAUGAUAAUCCAUAUUUGUAAAUAUAUUUCUCUGGCACAUGGUUCGAUGAAGACCGUUGAAUCCUUGCACCGUCAUUUUGCUCUAAAGAGGGGUGAUGUGGCCCAAUAAUCGUCGUUAGAUCUCCAUUAGCUGUCGCGCCUUUUGCUGUGAUUUAUCGGGAUCCGUGUGCGAGGAUAGCCACCGUUGGAUUGGCGGCUACUUUUUGUGCGUUGAUGCUGCGACGUGGCAUCUCCUGGAUCAUCAGAUCUGCUAGCAGUCAUCGUCGGAUCUUGCAGCUACUUUUUCGUAUGACGACGCCGGUGAUGUGGCUUCAUGUGGUACGUCGGAUCUGCUAGUAGUCACCGUGAGAUCCUAGAGCUACUUUUUCGUAUGAUGCAGCGGUAACACAACUUUAUGCGGUGUGUCAGAUCUGACCACUACUAUCGCGCGACCGCCAAAUCUGAAAAGAAUAACAAGAUAAAGUUAAUCCCAUAUCAGAAAUAUUAUGCGAGUGUUAUCAUAUAUUUAUUUUAAUGCCUAAAACUUUUGGAAAAAUUAUAAAAAAUAUAUUUCAAAUCAUAAAAAUUUAGCACAAUGUUUAAAAAUAAAUAAAUGAGAAUUAAGCCUCAAGAUAUGAAAUAAAAUCUCAUCAUUUUCUUUUUAUUCAUAAAAUAUUAAUUUAAAUUAAGAUUUAGAAAGGUUUAUUUAAAUAAUAAAUAAAAUAAUUAACAUGAUAACUUGUGAAAUACUUCUCAAAUAUGUAUUAUUCUUCUUGAUUUGAUAAUAGAUCAGUAUAUAGUUUUCACAAGUUAUCAAUAAACCUCAACAUAAAACUCGUGGCGAUAGUACUAGAGGGUCAGAAUGUUGAUAGUAAGGGGUUGAUAGAUAUCAACCUCGAUGAGGGCUUGGAGGUGACCAUAGUGGGCCUAAAGAGAGAUCAUCUUAUUUGCAGGAGAGAAGAGACUUAAAGAUCUCCACAACGCGAUCAAUGUUCGUCUGAUUGACAUACAUGAUCUCUAUAGUGAGUUACAAGAGAUGGACCGAGGUGAUGCAUGCUAG